AUGGGAGACAACACGGAGAAACACAUUCACUUUGAUGAUGGUCGCAAUCGUGAAUACGAUGGGAGUUCUGACGAGGACUGCAAGGCAGUAGAGGUCGUCUUCGAUCCCGGAAACCCAUAUCGUCGCAAAAGCUCAAUGGUUGCCUCAGAGAUCAAGGCGCCUGUCAUGCGCCAUCCUUCGCGGCGUGAUGAGUGCCUAGUCCACCAGUUUCUCGACAGUCAGCGACGCGCAAAAGACGCUGCCAGCUCAGCCAGCGAGCCAGAGUCGGAACCUUCAAUAGGAAAUAACCCUUCAUCAUACUUGAGCAACAAUCCAGAUCCUAGCCAUGCCACCUUUCACAAGGCUCUCAAUGGCGAUCACAUCGAAGCUGUUCGCGACGACAGCCUCGACUCGAUUGUGGACCCCAAAUAUCAGAAGAAGUGUCGCGCUGUUGUCGAGCCUGGCAGUAUGGAACACUCAGGCCAAGCUGAUCAGCAGGCCUGGACUCAACAGAUGACCAAAAGCAUGUCCGACAUUGAUCUUUCGGGUUAUCAGGACGACGUGCGAAGUCGCCUUCUAACCAAGCAGCAGCUUAGCGAUAUGGCCUGGGGUGUACGUGAGCUAAGUCGCCGACUGAGUAGCAUGCGCCUUCGGUUCAAGGUCAAGAGCAUAUUCAUCCUCACAAAGAUAUACGAUAUAGAUCUAAUCCCAAAAACACGAGAAUUGGUCAAGUGGCUCCUACAGCAUAAUCACGAGGUCGCCUACACCGUCUAUGUUCAAGACAAGCUCAAAGCAAACAAGAAGUUCGAUGUCAGUGGCCUCAUUGACGAGGUGAGCAAGGAAUAUCUUGAUAAAGGGGACGUGAACGAGCAGGCUGUCAAAGAAACGCUGAACAGGCGACUCCGAUAUUGGGACGAGAACAUGUGCAGAACACGACCUCAUACUUUUGACUUUGUCAUCUCACUUGGCGGUGAUGGUACAGUGUUAUAUGCCAGCUGGCUCUUCCAGCGCAUUGUACCACCUGUAUUGAGUUUUGCACUAGGCAGCCUGGGUUUCUUGACCAAAUUUGACUUCGAGGACUAUCAGCAGACACUCUUAACGGCCUUCACCAAGGGGGUUACAGUUAGCCUGAGGCUUCGUUUCGAAGGCACUGUCAUGAGGAGCCAGCCACGCAAGAGAGCACAGAUUAUUAAGGGCUCUGAGGAGGACGAGGAGCAGUCCCGAGACUUGGUGGAGGAGCUUAUAGGUGAGGAGAGGGAAGAUGAGCACACGCAUCGGCCGGAUGGGACGUUUGAGAUUCUGAAUGAGGUGGUAGUGGACAGAGGGCCAAACCCAAGUGAGAAUCCCAGAGUAAACGUUACCCCUGCAGGAUAUGUUCUAAUGUAUAUUCUAGCAAUGUCAACUACCGAGAUUUUUGGUGAUGAUGAGCACUUCACCUCAGUCUUAGCCGACGGUAUCUGCGUUUCGACACCCACAGGCUCAACGGCAUAUAAUCUCGCCGCCGGGGGCUCCUUGUGCCACCCCGAGAACCCCGUGAUGCUGGUUACGUCUAUAUGCGCGCACACCCUGUCAUUCAGGCCUAUUAUCCUUCCUGACACGAUUGUGCUGCGGGUCGGUGUUCCAUAUAGCGCAAGAACAGCUUCAUGGGCGAGCUUCGAUGGCCGAGAACGUGUCGAGCUCAAGCCAGGAGAUUACGUGACCAUCAGCGCCAGUAGAUUUCCAUUUGCCUCGGUGCAAGCCGAGGGACGGAGGAGUGAAGACUGGGUGAACAGUAUCAGUGGAAAGUUGGGAUGGAAUACUAGACAAAAGCAGAAGAGUUACAAGGAGUGGGAGAAAUGA